AUGAAACAAACGAUGCUACGGAUACUGUUGUUUAUUUUGAUUAAUCAAUGUUUAAGUCAAACAGGUUUUCCAAAACAAUUUCAAGCAAUAUUGAAUAUCAGUGGAUCACGUUCUUGGGAUUCACCAUUUCCAGGUGUUAAACAAUUAUUGUAUGAUUACAAAAAUUUAAGAGUUCGUUUCGAUAUUCAAGGAUCGCAAGCACAACAAAAUGAAACUUGGAUGCUUCAAUAUAAACCAAAAGGUGCUGAAGCAGAUUCACCAGCUUCGCAGGGUUAUACAAUGUUUAAUUUCAAUCCUGAUUUUCCGUACUUCACAAAAAACGAUUGUUGGUAUAGAACAAAUUCAAUGAUUGAUAUAGGCCCAUUUCCAGUCAGUUGGUUGCAUGGCGUAGAAAAUUAUAUUGAAAUUUACCCAUGGUAUCCGUUACCACCAAAUCUUAUUAAUAAGGGCGAAGAAUGGAUACCAGAACUUCAACUAAAUGCAACGAGAUAUGAUUCACCGGAAAUAUGUGAUUUAAUACACUCUCGUAUUGGCAAAGUUCCAUGUUUCAGUUAUUUUGAAACAAAAGAUAGACCAGUUAAAACCAUUCAAGCACGUCCUGUUUCUCCUGAAUCUUUCGAUAAUGAUGAAUACCUAACUACAGUUUACCUAUCAUUUACAAAUGGUAUUCCGUCCCAAGCUGAACAUUUGUUCGAUUUACCUGCUCAAUGGCCUGGUUAUUGCGGAAAUGCAAACGAAGGAUUUACUAUAGAUCCUUUACGGGAAUUUGUGAUAACUCCAGAUAGUCAAGAUUAUUUUACAUUAAAAUUACAAACACCGCCAGUUCGUUCACUUGGUGAUCGAGUCAAAAUUGAGUUUAAAGUGCAGCCAUCAGGAUGCUUCAAUGGUACGCGAUGUACUAAUUUCAAUACAAUUGUUUUUUCUGGAGAAAAUUGGCAAGUACCACAACAAGUUAACAUGUCUUUUGUUGAUUAUGGUUGUUGCAUAUACGAUCUUAUUGCAAGUGGUGGGGGAUACGAUUGGCAAUAUUCAUCAUCAGGAAUUAUUGUUUUCGCAUGUGAUGAACGAGAUAAUUAUGGCUGCAGAGGGAAAAAACCAUGUAUUUGUUGA